AUGCAAGCCGUUCGUGUCCACCCAGCGCCUUCUGGAUCCGCGCCAUACACACCCUCCAACCCCGCGCCAUCUACAGCGCUCAAUCUUGAUCAAAAUGUUCCCAUCCCCAAGCCCUCCCAGCCAGGGGACAUCCUCGUUCGCGUCAAAGCCACAUCCAUUAUCCGUGACAUGCUAACCUGGCCGGAGACCUACGCUCACGAGUACGCCAUUCUCGGCAGUGACAUUGCUGGAGUUGUGACCGAGGUCCUUUCGCCUACCAGCAAGUUCAAGCCAGGUGAUAACGUCUUCGGUAUGACAGAUGUAAACCGCGCGGCUACAUGGGCCGAAUACACGAUCGCCAAAGAGGAUGAAAUCGCGCUGAAGCCGACUGCCUUGAGCUUCGCCGAGGCUGCAGCCAUGCCACUCAGUGCUUCAACGGCGUACGAGGCCUUGUUCGAGCAUGCCGGCAUUCCUCGACCCACUGUGGAUGAGCUCCGCUCGCGGUCCGCACGGAUCAAAGACCGCCGCGUGCUAAUCACCGGAGCAGGCGGCGCUCUCGGCCUAUAUCUCGUGCAAAUGGCUGCAGGUGCUGGCGUAACUGUAGUUGCCGCGAGCAGCUCGAAUUCUCGCAAUGGUGAAUUUCUCCGGGCCCUAGGUGCAGACGAAGUGGUCGAGUAUAGCAUGCUGGAGGAACAUCGAGGGACAUUCGACGUUAUUAUUGAUGUUGUCGGGGGUGAUUUGUUGAAGAAAUGUUGGGGCUAUGUAAAGGAGACAGGGGUUUUGAUUUCGCUGGAGUCUGCCAGCUAUGAUUUUGUUGAAGAGCAUCGGAAGCUCGGGCUUUGUAAGGAUGGAGUUCGUGCGGUCUUUUUCGUCGUCAAAGGCAGCUCGGAAGCCUUGCGCUACAUUGCUGAUGCAGUGGACGCAGGUGCCCUUCGGUCAUUUGUUGUGGACACAUACCCGCUCACGAAAGCGCGAGAGGCGUAUGAUCUUGCGAAUGGGCGGUAUUCUGGGCGUGGGAAGUUCAUUCUCAGUAUUUGA